AUGUCGCGGCACACGUUGCUGUUCCUUUUUGCCUUGUUGGCGUCGGCGACCCAGCUGAGGGCCGUCGAUGCGCUGAUCGUCGACGGCCUGCAAGUGGGGUUCUAUGGCAAGACUUGCCCGGAGGCCGAGGGCGUCAUCAGCGACAUCGUCAACAACGAAAUCGCUAUGGACCAGGGCAUCUCCCCUGGCCUCAUUCGCCUCUUCUUCCACGACUGUUUCAUCACGGAGAAGGAUAUUGAGCAGCAGCAGCCACAGCAGGAGGAGCAGCAUCCUCCACAGGAGGAGGAGGAGGAGGAGCAGCAGCAGCAGCCACAGCCACAGCUUCCGUGGUUCCUGCAGAGGCGCCGGCCGCCCCUUCCAUGGCGCCGGCCGCAUCAUCGGCCGCGUGUACCAUUUCGCCGCCAUCCGGUGGCCGACCUGGUCAACGGAUUUUUCCGUGGUUUUCACUGA